AUGGCGCGGCGCACUCACAUGGUCACGGAUGGCAGCAACGGCAGCGGCGACAGCGGCGACAGUGCAAGUGCGAGCACCUGCGGGGAUGACGCGAUGAACAGGCAGAGCAGCAUGAAUGAGGCGGACAGCGGCCUGCUCGCCCUCCUCUCGCCCACCACGCCCACCACGGCCAGCCCCAGCCCAAGUCCGAGUAGUGUGUUUUGGGGAAGCAGCAGGGCGAGAGCGCCUGGGCUCACGGGUGAGGGGGACGGCAGUGGCGCGGUGGCGCAGGACAGACGAGAACCGCAAGCAGGUGCGGGUGCUGUGCCCAUGGCAGCAGCAUCGCUGGCACACGCUGCUGAGGCAGUGGCAGCUGGCCGUGCUGACGGGGAUGGCAGUGGGGCAGGGGGUGGCGGCAAGGAGAUAUUUGUGGUGUCGGACGGCACGGCGUGGGCGGCAGACAGGGCGGUGGAGGCUGCAGUGGGACUGCUGGACUGCGGGCUAGCGGGCGGCCGAUGCUCCGUGCUCACCAGACUCUACUCACAUGUAGGGGGGGAGGGGGGGACUGGUGGAGGGGAUAAACUCCCCCCUCUCUCACCCCACACCUCAGGUGACAGACGCGGCGUCUCUCCUCGCCAUCAUCCACACAGCAGCACACUCGCUGACGCCGCUCUGCGCCACACCGCCGCGCACGCAGCAGCGGCGCUGCACGUGGCAGCCGUGGACGUGUUGGGGCCGCUGCUGGCUGCCGUGGGGGAGCACAUGGGCGUGCAUGCAGGGGGGGCAGGGCAAGGCGCGGGGAGCAAGCAUAAUGGGGAGCUGGGCGAGGAGUACUUCCGGCGCAUCGAGGCCGUAGAGUUCACCAUCCGGCAGGACGAUGGAGCCCUGCCGCGGAACCUGGGGCAGGCGGACAUCAUUCUUGUGGGUGUGUCCCGCACUGGCAAGACCCCGCUCUCCAUGCACCUCGCGCACAUGGGCUAUAAGGUGGCGAACAUACCGCUGGUGCCGGGAGUGGCGCCACCAGCGGAGCUGCUGCAGGCGGACAAGGUGGACCAGCGCCGCAUCUUCGCCCUCACCAUCGCCGCUCCCACCCUCGCCUCCAUCCGCCGCGCACGCUACCACCGCCUGGCCGUGCUGCAGCCACACAGGGGCGCAGGGAGGGGGAGUGCGGAGCAUGUGAGGGGCGAGCUGGACGCGGCUGAGGACCUCUUCGCCCUGCACCCCCUGUGGCCCGUCCUUGAUGUGACAGGAAGGCCCAUCGAGGAGACAGCGGCACUCAUUCUCCGCAUUUACCACGAGCGCAUGAACCCUCAGGCCGCACCACAUGCUCUGCAGGAGGUGGCGAGGGGGGCGAAAGGGGGAGACGGGAGGGACGGAGGGAUGGAGAGGCAGAGGGGGGGAAAAGGGGUGUUGCAGCUGCAGCGACUGGUGGCUGGGAUGUGCCGAUUGGAGGGGAUUCGCGCGGUGGGAGGGGGAGACGGAGAGGCGCAGAGUGCAGGGGGGAAGGACGAGGCGGGGACAAACGAGAAUGAGGGAGUGGGGAAGGGAGCGGACGGAGGGAGUGACGCAGGUGCGGUUGGGGCGGAGGAACGAGACGCGGCAGCUGCGCUGGUGGUGGAAACGGUACUGGCAAUCAUGGGGUGCAGGUACGAGGGGGACGAGGUGGCGGAGGAGGAAGAGGGCAGUGGUGACAACAGGGGCGCGGAGCGGCGGAGGAAUGGCAAGGCGCCUGGGCCCGGGCCUGUGAUCAUGAUGUCUGCUGAGGCCGCUGUGCUGGCCGCCGCGCUGCUGCCGUGGCUGCCAUGCCGUGACUGCCGCCCGCCUGGGGUCACGGGCAGUGGAGCAGCGAGUGAUGGCGCAGCGAGGGAGGCAGCAGAGAGUAGAGAUGGCGAGGAGAGUGUCAAGACACAGGCACGCGCACCCGCUGACGCAGCGGCAGGGGCAGCUGGGUUGGGAACAGGUGCAGGAUCAGCGGCAGGGGCAGUGGUGGGGAGUGGGAGGUCCCCUCGCACGCGCGUGGCACGGGUGCUGGCCACGGCGCUCUCCUCCUGCACGCGCAACCGUGCCAUGUGCGCUGCUGCCCGCCUCACCUCCUCCCUCCUCGCCUCCCUCCGCAUCAUCCUCCUGGGCGGCGUGCGGGCCAAUGGCUCGCUGCCACCUGGCGCUGCCCUGCUGGAUGAAGCACCGCUGCCGGUGGAGCCGAUUGUGAGCAGCGCAGGGGAGGGUGCGGAUGCGCGUGAGGGUGCGGGUGAGGGUGAGGGUGGUGCAGCGCUGUAUGGGGCAGCUGAGGCUGCGUGGGAUGCUGGGCCUGUGCUGGCAGCGCUGCAGUCGCUGGCGUCCCACUCCGUGUCCGUGGGCGAGGUGCGCCAGUGGAUGGGGUCCGUUGUCGCUCUCUCCGCCUCCCCCCCCCCUGCCACCACCCCUCCUGCCUCCAUCGCAUCAACAGCAACAGGGGCAGCCGGGAUGGCAGGGGGAGGAGGAGGCGGAGAGAAGGGGGUAAGAGGCAGCGCAGGGGGAGGGGAGUGGGUGAGGCGGGAGAAGGCGGGGGCGCUGCUGGAUGUGCUGCAGGGGGCGAUGGAAGGGGAGGAGGUGAGAGCACCCGCAUACACGUUCGAGCUGGACGGCGAGAGCUCAGGGCUGCUGGGGCCUGGCGACAGCAAGUGGCCGUUCGGCAACGGGUAUGCGUUUGCCACGUGGAUCUACGUGGAGUCGUUUUACGACACCGAGAGCUCCGCUGUCGGCGCCGCCGCCAUGGCCGCCGCCAUUGCUGCCGCCGCCACCGCCAAGGUCGGCCGCACCUCCGCGGUGUCCGCUGCGGCAGCUGCGAGCGCGCUGGCAGGGGAAGGGCUGAUGCACAUGCCGCGGCUGUACAGCUUCCUGACGGCGGAGAGUGAGGGCGUGGAGGCGUACUUCCACCGCGAGUACCUCAUCGUCGAGUCCUCCACGCACCGCGGCUCCAAGAGCACCUUCCACUUCUCGCACGCCUUCCAGGCGCAGCGCUGGUACUUCAUAGGUCUCGAGCAUGUGUUCAAGCCGUCGCUGCUGGGCAAGGCGGAGUGCCACAUGCGCCUGUACGUCGACGGCCGGCUCGUCGAGUCCCUGCCGCUCGACCUGCCGCGCAUCUCGCGACCUCUCGGCUUCCUGUGCAUCGGCACCAACCCGCCCGCCGCCAUGGCGGGGCUGCAGCGCCGCCGCAAGCAGUGCCCGCUGUUUGCCGAGCUGGGCCCCGUCUACAUUUUCAAAGAGCCCAUCGGCGCUGAGCGCAUGAUGCGCCUUGCCGCGCGCGGCGGGGACCACCUGCCGUGCUUUGGCGCGGGCGCGGGCGUGCCGGCGCUGCUCAGCAGCGACCAGCUCAUGCUGGCGGCCGAUGACGCAUACAGCCUGGACUCGGAGCUCGCCCCCCGCCUGCACCUGCUGUACCACCCGCGCCUGCUGCUCGGCCGCUUCUGCCCGGACGCCUCCCCUGCCAGUGCAGCCGGUGUGCACAGGCGGCCAGCGGAAGUGCUGGGGCACGUGCAUGUGGCAGCGAGGCACAGGGUGCCGGAGGCCAUCUGGCAGGCGGGGCAGGGGGGCCCGCUGGCGCUGCUGACGCUCGCCGUUCACGCUGUCCACCCGGACUCGUUCCUGCCCUUGCCGCUGGCUCUGUGUGCGGAUCCGCCUGCUGCCGUGGCUGCAGCGCGGCUGCUGCCGCGCGUGCUGGGGGUGGUGGGGCGGGCCAUGCGGCAUGGCAUGAACAGGGAGGAGAUCAAGGGAGGGGCUCCUGCCAUGCUCGCGCUCAUGGUGGCUGAGCAGCACGGUGCAGCACUGUGUUCCCUGGAUGAGCCUGAGCCUGAGCGUGAGCCGCCGUACGACAAGCAGCUGGCAGCGGCAACUGCAGCACUGGCCAUGGCACCACGCUUUGGCGACCCGUUAAAGCCGCACCUCUUCCUGCACCUGCUGCUGCACCUGCCGCUGUGGGCGGCGUGCCCCCUGCCCGUGCAGCAGCAGGUGCUGACCUCGCUGGCCGCCGUGGCAGUGCGCGAGCAGCACACGCUGAGAGCAGCGGGCGCGCUGCCCGUGCUGCUGGAUGGGUGCCGGCGCUGCUACUGGGUGCACCUCGAAGCCAUCUCCCUGCCCCUCGGCCCCUCCUCCUCCCGCUCCGCCACUCCUGCUGCAAUCAAAAGCCCUGGGGCAGAAGAGGCUGGUGGGGGAGCGGAGGUGGGAGGGGAGAGGAGAGAGCAGGAGGAGCGGGAGAUGGUUUUGCGGCAGCAUGCGCGGAUGGGCGAGGUGAAUGCGCUGGUGGACGCGGUGAUGGGCGUGUUGGAGCUGCUGCUGGCCACCAGCAAUGCCACCGCCAUGGGGGCCGACAUGCGCACUCUCGUUGCCUUCCUGCUCGACUGCCCUCACCCCAACCAGGUGGUGCGAGUGCUGCUGCUGGUGUACCGCCUCUUAUCGCACCCCAACGCCGCGCGAGCAGCCGGCUUCUCCGUGCAGUUUUUGGCAGCAGGCGGCGCGCACAUGCUGCUCGCGCUGCUGCUCAGGGAGAGCCACUGGGGCGACGCUUGCCCCCUGCUCUUCCCCCCUGUGCCUUGCAAGGCCGAGGCGGGCCGUGUGAAGGAGGUGGUGGGGGAGGAGAAGGCCGAUGGUGGGGUGACGGUUGGAGGAGUGAAGGGUAAGGAUGGAGGUGUGGCGAAGGAGGGGACCAUCAGUGUGCAGGGCCGUGCAGGGACCACGGGUCAACGUGCUCAUGGCGCUGCUGUGGACGCUAGAGAUUCCUCAGACAAGGAAGCUGCUCGAUCAGCCUCAGAAGCAGCAGGCGUAGCAGCAGCCGCAUCAACCGAAGCAGAAGCAGCAGAUGAAAGCGGGUCCGGGGGAAAAGGGCCGAGUGCAGAGCUGAAGGUGGAAGUGCCAGCAGGCAGCAGCAACAGCACUACUUCCCACGCGCUCACCCCCAAAACACCCACCCCCAACCCCGCCACCCCCGCCGCCGCCACCCCAUCCUCCUGGCAAGUCUUGUUCGACCCCUUUGGCUCCCGAGCCCACCGCCCCGAGGCAGAAGCGAAUGCAGCGGAUGGGCAGAAAGCAGCUGGUGGCAGCAGCGGCGAGGAGGCGGCGAAGGAGACACGAGCAGGGGGGACGGACGGGGAGGCAGCAGGGGAGGCGAAGGAGGAGAGGGAGGAGCGGAUCCCUGAGCCUCGAACGGGGCUGGACGUGGCUGGGGAGAUCAUGAGGAGGCUUCAGCAGCGAGGGCUGUUCCAAGCGUCUCCCAUGAGCAUUCUCGCCCCGGGACCCGCGGGGAACAGCGUCACAGUGGCACCCUCUGUGCCCAUCCGGCAGCCGUUGGCGAGCAGCAGAGCAGCAGGCGCCAAGGGCUCUCACGGUCUGUCAGGGGACGUCAUGGUGGCCGCAGCCGCGCUCUCCCUCUCUGCCACCGGCCGCCGCAGUGGGCGCCGCCUCGCCUCCGCCUCUUACGGCGAGCAGUCCCUGCUCGCACCGAAAUCGCACGACUUCCCCCUCACGGACGGCCCAGAUGGGAUCUUCAUCGCAGUGGUGUCGAUCCUAGGGCUGUUAGCGGAGAGGGGGUAUAUUCGGCUGAGCAGCCCGGCGGUGCUGGGGCUGGUGCCGGGGGGGGCGGGCGCAGGGCUGGGGUCGGUGGUGGCGGAUAGAGGCGUGGGGGAGCGCAAUAGCAACAACGUGGGGGCGUGGGCGGUGUACGGCGCGCAGAGGGCGCUGCAGCGCGCGCCUGACAGGCUGCUCACGCCUGCUGUGUACCAUGCCAUCAUGACUGCCGUGCUGCGCUCCGAGGUCAGUCACACGCACGUGACGUGCGGUGUAAGUUAUCUCCCCUCUUGUGUUCCGCCCUCCAUCCUCCCGUGCAUUUCCCACUGCAUGCAUUCGCCCCCUCCUGUUUCCCUGCAGUCAUGCACAUCAGCGCAAGCAGCACCUGCCAGCAGUGGCGCCAAUGUCGCUGAUGCCAGCACCACCAACGCCAGUGCGAGCGAGGCGGGCAGUGAGGCAGCAGCAGCAGGGCGGAGGGUGCUGGCAGGCGACACGGUGUUGGCGGAGUCGCAGCUGCAGCUGCUGCUGGCGCCGCUCAGAGCGCUGCCCUCCGCUGCUCCGCGCACCCAACUCGCCAUUCUGCAGGCAACCCUUCUCCUCUCCCCUUGCCCUCCCAUGCUCUCCCCUUGCCCUCCCAUGCUCUCUCCAUCCACUCGACAUUCUCUUUCUUUUCCUUACUCCAAUGACAUCUGCUCCCUCUGCCUGCCCAUACUGCUCCUCACAUCAGUUGUUGCUGCUAUGCCUCUGCUUUUGAAUCGCCUCAAUAGUUCCUCCCCUCGAUGUUGUUACGACGCUCACCGCACCCCCUCCAACUAUGCUCGCCACACCCCCUCCACCUACGCUCACCCCACCCAACUAUGCUCACUGCACCGCACCCCAACCCACCCACAGGACGUGUUGCUGCUGGUGUCGCUGAGUGGCAGCAACCGCUGGCAGCUGUCGUGCCUGCCAGAGUGGCCCGAGUGGUUGCUCGAGGUGCUGCUAGACAACCUCGAGGUCCACGUGAGCUCACAUCUAGAGCUUGCACAUGUGGAUAUGCUACUCCUGCUCAGCUGCACAUGUGGAUAUGCUACUCCUGCUCAGCUGCACAUGUGGAUAUGCUACUCCUGCUCAGCUGCACAUGUGGAUAUGCCACUCCUGCGCAGCUGCACAUGUGGAUAUGCCACUCCUGCACAGCUGCACCGUCCUUCCCUUGCAUUCCCUUCUUUCCUGCCUCCCAUUUUCCCUUUUCCCUCAUCUACUUGUCGUUCUCACUGCACUGCACCUUCUCACCUGUGCUGUUCAUCUGCGCUGCAGCGACUGCCGGCUGGUGCAUGCUCCAUCAGCAGCACCCAAGCUGGGGCGCAACACGCGGCAGGGGAAGGCAAAGAGGCACCCACGGCUGCGGCCGCUGCAAGUGGCAAGACAGGGGGAGGAGAGGGCGGAGAGGGGCGGGUGGAGGAGGCAGGUGCAGGUGGCGAUGGUGAGGGCAGUGGCGGGGCGGUUGGCGGCAGUGGUGGUAGCAGCGGAGGGGGGCUGACAGAGGAGCAGCAGGAGCGCGUGGAUGUGAAUGAGAUGAUAUUCGCUUUCCUGGGCACUGUGCUCGAACACUGCAUGACCUUCAAAGACGGCUGGAAGGAGCUAGAGGCCACAUUCCAUUGUCUUGAGUGGAUGGCUCUCAUUGGUGGAUCCAGCAUCGGCCCCGAGCGAGUCAAGCGUGAGGAGGGCAUGGCAACGGUGAAGCGGCGCCUGCUGCAUGGCGUCAUGGACUUCACUGCUGCGCAGCUGUGCCUGCAGGUCAGAAUCACAUCUCACUCUAUUCUUCCCCAUCUCUUCCUCCUUUCCCAGCGCUGUAAUCCCUCGUUCUCUUCUCCCUCUCACUUAGCCCCUGCUUCAUCACCCACCCCUUGUCUCGCCCACCCACACACCACGGCCAAGCAGGCUCAAGUGGAGGCGACAGCAGCAGCGGCAGCGGCGGCAGCAGCAGAGGCAGCAGCGCUGGCGUCCCCUCUCCCCAUAGACAUCCCCAUCUCGCCCACGCCCACCUCCCCACACCCGCGCGCCCCCGACCCCUUGCUCACGUCCCCCACAUCUGCGUGGCUGCUGGAGAACGCGGUGGCGCUGCUGAUGCUGCUGGAGGACUUCCUGCGCUUCCACGCUGCGGCGCGCUCGCCCCUCGCCCUGCCCACCGUCGCCUUCGACGCCGACGACACCCUCCCCGGCUCCCGCCCUGCCGCCUGGCAGGAGGUCCCUGACCCUGACUCCCCCACAGGAGCCGGAGCGUCUGCGGGAGGUGGUGCGGGAGGGGGGUCUGUGCUGCCAGGCAUGACGGCAACAGCAGCAGCGGCGGCCGCAGCGGGGUUGAUGCCGCUGGCGGCGCAGCUGUCCAACCCGUUGCUCUCCGCCGGCUUGUCCUCGCGGCGCCGCAGCCCCACGGAUCUGCUGACUCUCGAGAUGCUCGCGCUCAUGGCGGACAAUGCGGGGCAGCUGACGGCCCCCAUGCUGGAGCGCAUCACCGCUUCCACCAGUGCCGAGCCCUUUGACGCCGUGCGCUGCGCCCUGCCCGCUUACGGGUCUAUUUCGCACGAGUUACCCCUCAGUUGGGGGCACCGCAGCAAGCUGUGGUAUGGCGUGGCGGUGCCGGCCGAGGGGAAGGGCGCACCGGGGUGGGGCGGCGGGCGGGUGGCGUGGGCGGCAGCAGUGGAGAUUGACCCGGUGACGGGGCGGUGGCUGGACCUGCCUCUCGUGGUGAAGGCUGUUGCCAUGCUGCGAUCCAUGCUGCUGGAGGAAGGGGAGGUGGGGCAGGGGGGUGAGAAGCAGGGGGAGAAGGGUGGUGCAGGGACGGCGGAAGGGGUGUUGGCGGUGGUGGGGGGGAUAGCGAACAUGUUGGGAGGGGGGAGUGCGGGGGGCGUGUUGAACCGCGCGAGUCAGUUGCUGCUGGAGGACGAUCAGACGCUGCUCACUGUGAUCCGCCUCGUGGGCGUGGCUGCCAGGGAGCUCAGUCACGUGGUGGAUGAGGAGCAGGAGGGGGAGAGGGCAGCACCACGUGGCAAGGAGGGGGGAGUGGAUGGGGCGGGCGGGGGAGUGGUGGCGUGGGAGCGAGGGGAGGUGGAGGGCAUCUCUCCUGGCGUGCUCAGCUCCCUGCUCUGGCGUGCGGUGCUGCCGCUGCUCACAACAGCGUCACUUGACGCGCGCAAGCAGUGCGCCCUCGCAGCAUCUGCCGUCCUGCACACAGAGGCGAUCCACGCCAUAGCGCCAUCACGCGCCAUACUGCGUCCGUCGCUGAUCGCAGUGGUGCAGCCGCCGCUGGCAGCGCUGCUGCGCAAGUGGCGCUCCGCCUUCGCCUUCAUCCCGCACCUCACAGACUUCGAGGGCCACAACCCCUUCCUCAGGGACGAUGACCGCGCUCUUGCCACCGACGCCGCAGCUGACGAGGUGGACUUUGAGCGCCACAACCCCUUUUUGAGGGAUGAUGACCGCGCUUUUUCUACUGACGCUGCACCCCAUGAGGUGGGUGGGAGGGAGGGAGGGGCAGCAGCGGCUGGGUCAGGGGAAAGGGUGAAUGGCAGUGGCACGGUGCUGGGUCCCACGCUGGGCGGGCUGCAGCAGCACCUCGAUGGCUUGCGCGGGCUCAUCCGCGCUCAGAGGCUGCGGAGGGUGAAGAUAGAGACGCAGAUGGCACGCGCACACACAGCUGGCAUGCGCAUGUGGCGCUCGCUCAUUUGCCAGCUGCUCGAGUCAGGGCUGCUCGUGGGGCUCCCCGGCAGCUACCACGCGCUGACGCAGCGCCGGGUGUUUUGGAAGCUGGACCGAGUGGAGAGCAGUGCGCGCAUGCGGCGCCGCAUGGUGCGCAACUACCGCGGCUCCGACUGCCACGGGCUCGCUGCUGACUUCCGGCCCCCCUCUGAUGACCCCCCGCCCGCUGCCAAGCGCGCCCGCUCCCAGGGGGACGCGGAUGGGGCAGAUGGGGUAGACAAGGGGGUGGUGGCAGGGGCGGUGGGCUUGCAGGAGGGGGGGGAUAUGGGGGUUGAGGGGAAGAAACGAGAGAAGGAUGGGGAGGGAGAGGGGGUUGCAGUGGGAGGGGGAGCAGGUAGUGAGGGUGUGGGUGUGGAUGGGGAGGGGAAGGUUGAGGCAAAGGAAGGGGUGGCGGAGGGGAGUGGCGCAGGGGAUGUGGAUGUGGAGGGCGUGGGAGGGGCCAUAGUGGGAGGGGCCAUAGUGGGAGGGGCUAUAGUGGAAGAUGCAUCGGGGCUGCUGGGGGGCUGUCUGCCCGCCCCUGUGAAAGACUUCGAUGCUCCUGUGCAGACGAGGGCGGAUGAGGAGGGGCAGGACGGGGAGGUCGAGAGGGACAGAGGGGAGGGGGAGGGUGGAGAAGGCGAGGAGAUUGAGGGGGCACGAGGUGCAGCAGAGGGGGGUGGUGAAGGCGUGAGAGCAGCAGAGGGAGGUGCAGUUGGGGGUGGUGCUGUGGAGCAUGAGUUGGUGGAAGGUGGUGUCAAGCAGGCGGCAGGUGCUGAUGAUACUCUGGGGGCGAAAGAUGCUGAGUCAGGACAAACGGCAUCUGCUGCUGAUUCAGACGCCAAGGGUGGUGACUCAUCAGGAGCAAGAGGUCCGGAGGAGCGGCUACGAGUGCACCGAGCCAUCGAGCAUGCCAACCCACCGCACCUGCAGCACCACUUCUCCCCCACUCUGCGCCCGGAGAAGAUGCUAGAGCGGCUGCAGCUCACUGAGAGAUGGAUCCGCAGGGAGAUCACCAAUUUCGACUACCUCAUGCAGCUCAACACCCUGGCAGGCCGCACCUUCAACGAUGUCACCCAGUACCCCGUAUUCCCCUGGGUAAUUCAGGACUAUACCUCAAAGGAGCUCGACCUCACCAACCCAGCCACCUUCAGAGACCUCUCCAAGCCGGUGGGGGCGCUGGAUGCAGAGCGGUUGGAGAAGUUUGUGGAGCGGUACCACAGCUUUGCGGACCCCAUCAUCCCCAAGUUCCACUACGGCUCGCACUACUCCAGCGCCGGCAUUGUGGCGCACUAUCUGCUGCGGGUGGAGCCGUACACGUCGCUGGCGCUGGCCCUGCAGGGCGGGCAGUUUGACCACCCCGACCGGCUCUUCCUGGACGUGGCUGCCACGUGGCGGGGAGUCACUUCAGACAUGAGCGAUGUGAAGGAGCUGGUGAGGCAUGGCAAGGAGCUGAUACCGGAGUGGUUCUGUCUACCGGAGAUGUUCACCAACAUCAACGGGCUGCACCUCGGCUCCACGCAGAAGGGAGAGGUCAUCGGGGACGUGAAGCUGCCGCCGUGGGCUGCCAGUGCGGCGGACUUUGUGCGCAAGCAGCGGGCGGCACUGGAGAGCGAGUAUGUCAGCAGCAACCUGCACCAUUGGAUCGACCUCAUCUUCGGGUACAAGCAGAAGGGCAAGGAGGCCUUGGCGGCGCACAACGUGUUCUUCUACGUCACCUAUGAGGGCGCUGUGGACAUCGACUCCAUCACCAACCCCGUCGUGAGGAGGGGCAUGCAGGAUCAGAUCUCCUACUUCGGCCAGACGCCCUCGCAGCUACUCACCACACCGCACCCACCGCGCAUCCCGCUGGACUACGCACUGCACCUGCACACGGUGUUCCGCAAGCCAGACGAGAUCCUGCCCUACGUGCUGCCGCACCCCGACACCCUCAACGUCCCCGCCAGCCGCAUCGUCGCCACCUCAGAUGCGAUUGUGACCGUUGAUCUCAACGCUCCUGCGUGCCACUGCCAUUCUGCGCAUGCUCACGGGGGCGGCGCUGGGCAGCAAGGGCAGCAACAGCGAGACAUCCCUCUAUCCGCGCCUCGUCGCGCUCCCUGCUCCGGGGAUAAAGCACACGACAACAGCAGCAGGCGCGGUCGGAGGGGAGGGGAAGGAGGGUCCGGCGGGGGAAAGGAGAUCAUAGCGAUUUCCCCGGACGGCAAGUUUCUGUUCACGGGCGGGCAGGCUGAUUUCUCUGUGAAGCUGGUCUCAGUGGACUCCACUCGCGUGCUCGAGACCGCUGCCGUGCAUGGCGGCCCCGUGACCUGCCUCGCUCUCUCCCCUGACGGCGCCACUCUCGCCACGGGCGCCACGGACGGGGUGGUGCUGCUGUGGCGAGUCAACCAGGCCUCCGCGCCCUUCCCUUCCUCCCCUGCCGCGGGGGUCACGGCUGGCCUCGUGGCUGCUGGCACGGGGGCGGGAGGGCGAGUGGCACGGCGCAGCAGUGCCGCACCCACGGGCCCGCACGACCCGGCGCUGGCUGCGGCCGCUGCAGCGGUGUCGGCGAGCGAGGAGCGAGCAGGCAGCAUGGCAGUGGGCGGAGCAGAUUACCCUGAGCGGGGCGCCGGGGGUGGCAUGUCGGAGGCGGCACUGCUGCUGAGCGCAGCCGGGGGCAUGGGCGGGGCGGGGGGGCUGGAGGCGCCGAGGAAGUGGAGGCGCAUGGAGGGACCCGUGCAGGUGCUGCGGGGGCACCUAGACACCAUCCUGUGCUGCGCCGUGUCCUCGGACCUCGACCUCGUGGCCUCCUCCUCGCGCUCGCGCGGUGUGCUCCUGCACUCCCUCAUGAAGGGCCGCUUCCUGCGCCAGCUGCCAGGGGUGGGGCCGGCAGACCUGCUAGCCAUCUCGCCGGAAGGCGUGGUGGUGGUGUGGGAGCGGCGGCAGCGGGCACUGCGUGCGUUCACGAUCAACGGGGCGGCGGUGGCGGGGGUGAGGAUCUCGGAGGAGGAUGGUGAUGUGAGCAGCGUGCAGGUGUCGAGCAACGGGCUGUUUGUGGCCGUGGGCACGGACUGCAGCCGGUGGCGGCACGUAAGGGAGAAGGAACGGCAGAAGGAGAGGGAGCGCGCUGCUGUGAUUGCCGGGGAGAAGGUGGGGCUGGGGAAGGCUGGGAGCUUCAAAGAGGAUGAGGCGCGACGCAGGGAUGGUGGGGGUGAGAAGGGCGAGGGAGGAGGGGAGUUGGAAGGGGAGAAAGGGGAGGCGGGCCGUGGGCAGCGGGACGAAGGGGAAAGAGCAGGGGAGGGAGGCGAGGGGUUGACCUUAGGCAAGGAGAGCCGGGAGGGAGAGGGCGAGAGGAGGGAGGGCGGGGAGGUUGAGGGAGAGGGUGGAGGGGCGGCAGCAGGGGAGCGUGGUGCACUGCCGGACUGGAGGAGCACGGACGAAGGGGGGUCACAGAAGGAGCGUGGAUCAGCGGUGUCACUUCUUGACCUCUUCUCCCUCAAGGCGCUGUGUCGGUUCAAGCUGCCGGAGGGCACGGACGUGACAGCGCUGGCGCUCUCAGCGGACAACACCAACCUGCUCUGCUCCACCUCCGCUGACCUCGCCCCCGGCCAACUCAUCCUCUACAGCAACCCCCUGCUGAGUGUGAAGAUGGUGGAUCAGAUGCUGCGCCUCGGCUGGGAGGGCAGCGACUUCGCCAGCAUCUUCUGA